GCGAACGGCAAACGGCAACGACAAAACGAUUCGCCGCCUGGCAGCGAGUCCAAUAUUUCGAGUGUAGUGAUUCAGUACGCUGUUGUGUGGCUGUGCGAAAAAACUAUCAAAACAUUCCGCCUUCGUUGGUGUGCAUUCAGUCUUCUGCGCCAGAAGAGAGAAGUAGGAAAAUUAAAAAAUCGGAAUUGAAAUUAAAAUUCUCGCCGAAAAGAGUCCUGUCAACUGGAUUUGUAGUUGUUGUAAAGCGAUAAUUAAAGGAGUGUUGUUGUCAAAUAGCAAGAAAAAAAUUAUAUAAAUAAAUAAAAAUCUACAAAAAUUUUUAUUUACAAGUUUUGUAGUGCACUAAGAAAUAUUAAAAAAAAAAUUAUAAUAAAUUUUGUUGUUGUGGCAACGAGUGACCGAAAAGUGCAAACGCGUUAUUUUCAAAAAAAAAAAAUAUAUAUAUAUAUUCCGGCAGCUGCUUGUCUUGUGAUUACCAACAACCAACCAACCAACCAACCAACCCAUCAACAAAUACACACAGCAACACAGGAACACAGGAACACACCUACAAAGGCGCAAGCGGAUCUCACAUUUAUCUGCAUUAAUCAGCGGCAGAUUCCCCGUAUUGUCAUUGGGACAAAUUAUCGAAAAAUUUCUCUUUCACUUCGGGAAAGCCAGCGCCUGCGAAACCGCCAGCCACCAGCCAUGACAUCAGUGCGCAACAAUGCAGUCUCCACCGUCGCCGCCGCUCUGCUGCUGGGAUGGGUUAUUUUUGGGUGCCUAAAUAGUUCUGUGCGCGCAGACGUGACAGAACAAAAGUCAAGCGAAAAAUCGCCCGACAGCUUGGAUAAUGACGAUUUCUACGAUGAAUCAAGUCCCGAGAAUAUAAAGGCAGCAUCCAAGCCACCACAACCAACCAUCAUACCAUACUUUGAGGAAGCGAAAACGGUCGUCUAUGCCAAAGAGAAUGAACGAGUCACUUUAAAUUGUCCCGUUAAGAAUUAUAAUGAAUCGCAACACCUGAUUGUGUGGUUCAGAAACAAUAACACACUCACCACGGGUCAACAAAUACUCGCCGAUGCGAAACUCUAUCAAUUGGAUAAGGAUAUGAAUUUGGUUGUCGAUAAAGUAACGGAGAAUUCUACAGGCGAUUAUUAUUGUACCGUUAUGCCGCAUAAAGUACGCAUGGAUAUCAUAUUGAAAAUUGGUGAAGCUCCUGUGGUGAAUAAUCAUCAGAUGAUGAUGAGCGCAAGUGCUCUCCUACUGUUCAUCACAUUGUUGGCGCGAGAAUUGAGCAAUGGAAUUUUGAGCUUAGCUACAAUUUUUUAGGCGAAAAGUUUUUAAGCUACAUACUUAUUAAAACUUGAAUAUUUAA